AUGAGUACAUUUAUAAAGGUUAACGAAAUUAAACCCUAUACAAAGAAUAUAAAUUGUGUAUUUAUAGUAUUAGACAAAGGAUUACCAACAAAAAAAAAAGAAGGCACAAUUUUUCAAGUAUUGGUAGCAGAUUCAUCAGCAGCUAUAAAUAUGACACUUUGGGAUGUUAUUGGUGAACAGGUACAACCAGGUGAUAUUUUAAGAUUAAAAGGAGGAUAUUCAAAUAUUUACAUAGAUUUAUUAAAUUUAUAUGUUGGUAAAACUGGCUUAAUCGAAAAAAUUGGAGAAUUUACAUUUCCGUUUGUAGAAGCUCCAAAUUUAAGUGCAACACUUUGGAAUGUGCACCCAGAUCCAAACAACCCUAAAAAUAUGGUAGCAACACCAAAAAUAAAAUCCAAUCCAAUGAAACCUAAUCCAAUGAUACAACAUCCUCCCCAACAACCUAAAUAA